GUGUGUGUGGCUCUCUGUCCGCCCAGGGUAAUGCGCAGAACAGGGCCGGGGCGGUCCGAGCGGAGCAGGCAGCGUCGUGAGGGGCGGCGGCUGCGUUUUAACUGCUGAGCGGCGUGCCGUUCUGCAGCCGGCGAAGGCACUCGGGCUCCGGGGGGUUGUGGGGCUGCCGGGAGGUCGCAGGCGACGGCCCGGCGAGCAGAGCAGCAGCUUCCGCGGGCGGAGCUGCGCGCGCGGCCGUGUCUCCCGGGAGAUGCUGUGACGGACCGCGCGGGACAGCUCGCGCCUCUUCGCGCGCCCAGGACGCAGCGGCGGGGCCCCGCGGGCUCAGUGGAAGCAUGCGAGACUUAACCGCCCAAGUGACCAGUGGUCUCCUGCAGUUCCCAGAAGUCACUGUUCAAGCCCUCGGAGAGGAUGAGAUCACAUUAGAGUCUGUGCUUCGUGGAAAGUUUGCUGCAGGGAAAAACGGACUGGCUUGCUUGGCUUGCGGCCCACAGCUUGAGGUGGUGAACUCUGUGACAGGAGAGCGGCUGUCUGCCUAUAGAUUCAGCGGGGUCAGUGAACAGUCUCCUGUAGUCCUGGCAGUGAAAGAAUUUUCCUGGCAGAAGAGGACCGGCUUGUUAAUAGGAUUGGAAGAAGCAGAAGGAAGUGUUCUCUGUCUUUAUGACCUUGGGAUAUCAAGGGUCCUUAAAGCCGUCCUUCUGCCUGGAAGGGUUACAGCUAUUGAACCCAUAAUUAAUCAUGGGGGUGCCAGCGCGAGCACACAGCACUUGCACCCAAGUCUGCGGUGGCUUUUUGGUGUGGCAGCGGUGGUCACUGAUGUUGGGCAGAUCCUUCUUAUUGAUCUGUGUUUGGAUGACUUGUCAGGCAGUCAGAAUGAAAUACAAGCAUCAGACCUUGAAGUUAUAACUGGUAUCCCAGCUGAAGUGCCACACAUCAGAGAGAGUGUGAUGAGAGAAGGCCGCCAUCUGUGUUUCCAGUUAGUGAGUCCAUCCGGAAUAGCUGUUUCUACUCUGAGUUACAUUAGCAGGACAAAUCAGCUUGCUGUGGGUUUUUCUGAUGGUUGUCUAGCUCUUUGGAAUAUGAAAAGCUUGAAAAGAGAAUACUACACACAGUUAGAAGGUGGAAGGGUUCCUGUGUAUGCUGUUGUUUUCCAAGAGCCUGAGAAUGAUCCUCGUAAUUGCUGUUACCUGUGGGCAGUUCAGUCUACACAAGAUAGUGAAGGGGAUGUUUUGAGUUUACAUCUGCUUCAGCUGGCCUUUGGUGACAGAAAGUGUUUGGCAUCAGGACAAAUCGUAUAUGAGGGAUUAGAGUACUGUGAAGAGAGAUACACCCUGGACCUGGCAGGUGGCAUGUUUCCCUUGAGAGGACAGACUAGUAAUACCAAGUUGUUGGGAUGCCAGAGUAUAGAGAAAUUUCGAUCUCAUGGCGAGAGGGAAGAAGGCGUGAGUGAAGCUCUAUCUCCUGAUACUAGUGUUUCAGUCUUUACCUGGCAAGUGAAUAUAUAUGGACAGGGAAAACCUUCUGUGUACUUGGGGCUUUUUGACAUAAAUCGUUGGUAUCAUGCACAAAUGCCAGAUUCAUUAAGAUCAGGAGAAUAUCUGCAUAAUUGCUCUUACUUUGCAUUGUGGUCAUUGGAGUCUGUUGUAAGCAGGACUUCUCCACAUUACAUCUUGGAUAUAUUAGUACAUGAGAGAAGUUUAAGUCGAGGCAUUCCUCCUUCAUAUCCACCUCCAGAGCAAUUUUUUAACCCAAGUACAUUUAAUUUUGAUGCCACUUGCCUGUUGAACUCAGGAGUUGUCCACAUAACCUGCACUGGCUUUCAGAAGGAGACUUUGACUUUUUUAAAGAAAUCAGGACCAUCACUUGAUGAGGUCAUUCCUGAUGGUUAUAGUCGUUGUCUUGUAGCUGGCCUUCUCUCACCAAGACUCAGUGAUAUCCAGCCUUCCAGUUUAAGUCAGGAAGAACAACUAGAAGCUAUAUUGUCAGCAGCAAUUCAGACAAGUUCCCUGGGACUUCUGACUGGUUGUAUCAAAAGGUGGAUAGUAGAAGAACAACCAAAUUCUGCUGCAAAUUUGCGCUUUGUUCUUGAAUGGACAUGGAAUAAAGUGGUUUUCACAAAAGAAGAAUUUGAUAGAUUAUGCGCACCAUUAUUUGACGGUUCGUGUCGUUUCAUCGAUCCACAAACCAUACAAUCUAUCCAGCAGUGCCAUUUGGUUCUUAGCAACCUUAAUACUGUCUUAGGUUGCUUUGAAACAGAGGCACAAGAGAUCACCCAGAGAGGACUGGUGGACUUGAGCAAUAAGCACUUGGUUACCCGGCUCAUCUGUCAGUAUGCACAAAUGGUUCUUUGGUUCUCUCAUUCUGGGCUUUUACCAGAAGGCUUAGAUGACGCUUUGCAGCUGUCGAGGCUGUGCUACAACUACCCUGUGGUCCAGAGUUACUACACCAGCCGUCGGCAGAAGUGCGGGCGCUCGCCUAGAGGGAAGUGGAGCCAUGAUUGCUUGAUGAUCGAUGGAUUGGUUUCUCAAUUAGGAGAUCAAGUUGAGCAGUUGUGGAAACGGGAUGAAGGAGGCACGGGAAAAUAUCCCCCUGCUAGUCUCCAUGCACUGCUCGACAUAUAUUUAUUAGACAACAUUGCUGAAGCAAGCAAGCAUUCCAUCACCAUUUAUUUGCUACUUGAUAUUAUGUAUUCCUUUCCAAACAAAACAGAUACUCCUAUUGAAUCUUUCCCAACUGCCUUUGCUAUUUCUUGGGGCCAGGUUAAACUUAUUCAAGGAUUUUGGCUGAUCGACCACAAUGACUAUGAGACUGGUUUAGACCUUCUGUUUCACCCAGUCACUGCAAAACCUGUGUCAUGGCAACAUUCAAAGAUCAUUCAGGCUUGCAUGAGUCAGGGAGAGCACAGACAGGCCCUGCGAUACAUCCAGACAAUGAAGCCAACAGUGUCCAGUAGUAACGAGGUUAUCCUUCAUCUCACCGUUUUGCUUUUUAAUAGGUGCAUGGUUGAGGCCUGGAGCUUAUUGCGACAACAUUCCACUCGAGUGAAUAUAGAAGAUUUACUAAAGCAUGCCUACGAAGUCUGUCAGGAGAUGGGCUUGAUGGAGGACUUACUGAAGUUACCAUUUACAGCCACUGAGCAGGAGUGUUUAGUGAAAUUUCUGCAGUCCAGUGCCAGCGUUGAGAAUCAUGAAUUCCUCCUCGUUCACCAUUUGCAGCGUGCCAAUUAUAUCCCUGCCUUGAAGCUGAACCAGACUCUAAAGAUUAAUCUUAUGAAUGACCGAGAUCCUCGUCUGCGGGAGAGAUCAGUGGCUCGAAAUGCUAUAUUAGACCAAUAUGGGAAAAUCCUUCCUAGAGUUCAACGAAAGUUAGCCAUGGAGCGAGCCAAGCCUUAUCACCUGUCGACAUCAUCAGUUUUUCGAGAAGUUUCUAGACCCAAACCAUUAUCAGCAUUUCCAAAGAAAGCUGUAGCAGGGGCAGUGGUAACAAGAUCUGCUUUCAUCAGUAAUGUGUUAUCUAGAAUUGGAGAGGUGUGGGCAAGCAGUGAGCCUAGCAACGGCGCCCCGCGCUACAACAGUCCUAAAAUAGAGCAACCAUCUCCUGUAGUGUAUUCUUUCCCACAUCCAGAGCUGCCUGAGGCAUUCGUUGGAACGCCCAUUUCAAAAACCUCACAGAAAAUUUCUAGAUUGCUGGACUUGGUUGUCCAUCCUGUCCCCCAGCCUCUUCAGUGUUUGGAGCAUGACCAGCCAAGCCCCACAAGCUCACCUCUGCAUCUGCUGACCAGUUCAGUGCCGUUAAGCUCAAAGUGUAGAAGGUCGCAUCAGAGUCCCUCCAGGGCUUCAGAAUUGCUUCUACUGGAAACUCCUCUUGUGGUUAAGAAAGCUAAAACUUUGGCUAUGUCAGUUACUUCUUCUGGAUUUGCUGAGUUUACUCCUCCCUCCAUCCUGAGAUCUGGUCUUCGAACAACACCUUUAGGAUCUCCAUCUCUGUCACCUGGAAGGUCCCUUACUCCACCUUUACGACUUAAAGAAACUAGAAUUUCCUUCAUGGAAGAAGGCAUGAACACUAAAUGGGCUCUUGGAGCUGCAGAUGACAGUAGCACAAAAGCACCUUUCCAUAAAUGUGAACUUGCCACAGAAGCCAGAUGGCUGAAGAGUAAAGACAAACGCACACCCUUUCCCCUGAAUAUCCCUGAGGCAGACCAUGAGGGAGUGGAUGCAGGGUUGCAGGAUGCACCUUCUGAGCAUGUGGACAGGCCAGAUGUGAGCAUAGUCAACAGCAGUGCCUCAGCCACGUCCAACCAGACCACCUUAGAGUAUCAGGAUGCCCCAUCACCAGAGGACUUUGAAGAUAGCAUCUUUGUGACCUCCAAGCCAGUAGGCUCCUCUACUGAGCUGAUCGCUAGUGCAACUGAACACACUGGGAAGGAUGCUGAUAAAGGCGUGUUGGAGUCUGAAACCAUGCGAUACGUGGAGAAACAAAUGGGCCCUGUAGAAGUUGCAGAGGAGGCAUUUUCAGAAUUAACUCACUUAAGCCCUGUUCAAGGAGUGGAAGCUUCGCUUUGUGUGUCAUCAGUCCAUGAAGGGAAAGUUCUUGCUUCAGAGUCCAAGGCACCCGAUUUGGAUGAAGGAUUACUCUCUGUUGAAACCUGCACCUCUACAAUGAGAGCAGACCAUAAUGAAUCAGUGGCUAACAUCGCUGGUGACAGUGGGAGCUCGGGGCUCGUUACCUCUGAAAGUCCUGUUGUCUCUGAACAUAGGCUUGACGGGGAGAUAGCAUUGAACUUCAGAGAAGACCAGGAAGUAGAAGUUAAUGUCCUAAAAGAAAGUAUCGCCUUGCCAGAAGAAAAGCCUCCAAUUUCUGACAGUCCUCCUGAUACUCAAGAAACUCAUGUGAUUGGACAGGAGAAGCUGGGAGUUCAGAAUCCAGAGGAAGAGGCUCAGGAUCUUCCAUUUAAUGAGCUGUGUCCCUCAGGAGCUCUCUCUGAGCUUCAGUAUAAUUUUGAUACUAUUGAGCAGCAGUUUUGUGACUUGGCUGAUAAUAAAGACUCUGCUGAGUGUGACAUUGCUGAAGUAGAUGGGGAACUUUUUGUGGCCCAGAGCAACUUCACCUUGAUAUUGGAAGGUGAAGAAGGAGAGGCUGAGACAGGUGAUUCAGCAGCACUUAAUGUGUUCUCUAAAGCAGCUCCUGCAGCAACCAGGGAAGAACGUGUGAACCACAUAGAACGGGUUGAUGAAGGACGUGCUGCAAACGUGCCAUCUGUCGUAACUAGUGACCAGGAAUCCCAAAAGGUAGAGACUUUGCCAUAUGUGCCUGAACCAAUUAAGGUAGCAAUUGCAGAAAAUUUAUUAGAUGUAAUUAAGGACACAAGAAGUAAAGAAAUUACUUCAGAGACAGUGGAGCAGUCCAUUCAUAAACACGUACCUUUGAUUAAGCAAAAGGUAACGUGUUCCACCACAUCAGCCAAACCUAUGGUUAAGACUGUUGAGGAAAUGAGUCCAGUGACUACGAAUGUCAGCCAGGUUGAAGACACAGUUUCCUCUCGAAUUCGCACAAGAAGGCAGCACGUCCAGAGCCUGAAUCUCACAUCCAAGCAGCAGGAGCCAGCAGAUGUCGCUGUUCCUAAGACGCUGGGACCACCAACUAUAAGGAAAGCCAGGAGAACAAAAGAAACUUCUGAGGCUUCUGAAGGAGCCUCUUCUGAUGGAAGAGGCUCUCAGAGCACUCUCACUCCUAGGAGAGGAAGAAGGAAAAAAGAAAUUCAUCAAGACACACUAGGAAGCACUGCUGCUGUGGAACAAGUGCAGGUCACUCCAGGUCGGAAACCAAAAAGGUUAGAGCCAUCUGAGCUGUUGGAACCAGCAAUUGAAGUAACUCCUCUUAGAAAACAAGUUAAGCGCUCAUCUCUUGUAAAAGAGACUCCUAAAAGAGCCAAAAAGUCUAUAGAAAAUCAGCAUAGUGCUGAAAUUAUAAACCAUCUAAAGAUUAGUAAAGCAGCAAGUACUAGCAGGUCUGCCAGAAAGUUGAGAGGCACUGAUUCAGAAGUUUCUCAGAAAACGGGAUAUAAGCAAGAUGAGGAAGAUGGGAAAUCGACUGACCAACAGCUGCCUUGUCAGAGCAGAAGGGCCAAAGAGAAAGAACCUAGUAGGUCGGAUAUGAUGGAAGAGUCUAAGCUCGAUUCUUCCCAGUUACAAGCAGAAUUUGAUAUGCCCAUUACACCUAGGAAACGUGGUAGAACAAGGAAAAUAAAUCCACCAGAAGAUGUUAGAUCCAAGGCUGUCAAGGAAGAGAGAAGUCCCAAAAAGAAAGAUGUUCUCAGUGUCCGAAGAUCUACAAGGAACACCCCAGCCAGGAAAGAAAAUACUGAUGUUGGGAAACCAGCUUUAGAAAAAUCUGUUUUAGUGCCAAAUGAAGAACUUGCAGUGGUGACAAGCUCUAGGAAAAAGCUUGCCAAGAAGUCUGAAAGUUCGAGCCAGACACAUCCAUUAGGCUCAGUAUCAGAAGAACACAUAGAUGAAAAGACACCCGAAGAGCCAGAUGACCAAGAAGAGAAGUUGCUCGCCACUCUUACUCUUCCUUCCCGUGGCACAAGGACUAGAUCUAACAAGGCCCUCCUGUUGCCGGAUCUUUCUGAACCAAAAAAUGAGCCUUUACUUUCUCCUCCUGCUACAAAGGUUCCAAGGAAAGUAAAAGCUGAUAAAGUGGAGGCUUCUGCCCAGCUGAAAGACUUGGUUUCAGGUUUAUCUUCUCAGUUUGUCUCCUCACCUCCUGCUUUAAGGACUAAGCGAAAAAACACAAGUACAUCCAGGCUUGUGGAUGAACUGAAAGAUGACGCUGAAUCAGUACAAGCUGUGAGAGAGCAGAGAGUGGAAAGAGCCAGGACCACGAAGAGGAGACAAGCACGCAAAAACACAGAAAAAGAAAGCUCCUGGUCCCCUCCUCCAGUAGAAAUCCAGCUGAUCUCUCCCUUGGCAAGCCCAGUGGACGAAGGGAAGAACAAGCCAAGAAAAGCUGCAGACCUCGAAGGGAGAGCUCUGGGGAGGGGCCGGAGGAAGCUGUCUUCCUUCCCGAAGCAGAUUUUACGCAGGAAAAUGCUAUAAAUUUUUUUUCCAAGAUUUUAAUGUACACCUAUUUGUAAAGUCAUCAGAAUUGUGUGGAUUAUUAAAAAUGGUCUAAUUUGGAAGAAAAUAAUUUAUAUAAAUUAUUGUAAAUUUUUGUAAAGAGAAGGGUCUUCAAUAAGUCAAGUAACUCCAUGUGGAGUGUGAUUCUUUUAGUCCGGCAUUUUUCUAUUUUAUAUUAAGACUUCAUACAUUUAUAUAAUAUGUAAAUACAGCUUAUUAUUGGAAUGUCAAAUAAAUUACUGUAAAGUAUACACUCAGUGUCUGUUAGAUUUUUGAGAUGGGAUUUCUGCUUUAGUAAUGAUUUUAUAUGCUAGUCAGCAUUUGUCCUGUGUCCAUUCUGUAGGUAAAAUGUAGACCAGUGUUAAAAUGAGAAUCAUUGAACUAUAUUGAUUAUUUUUAACAUUAUUAUUUUGUAAUUUUAUGCACUUUGAUUCUGUGAUUAAGAUUUCUAACCAUUAUGUAUUUUAUUUGUUGGGUUUUGCCUGUUACUAUGUUGAAAUUGAAUUAUGGGCAUGUAAUUUUACUGCCUUUUUGUAGUUUCACAGAUUUUGUGUAAUCUACCUCAAAAGAGUAAUUUUCUGAGUAAUGCAUUGGUUAACUCUUGCAGAGGCAUUUCUUGUUCAGUAAACUUAAAGGCUGUUUAUCUUUCGCCUCUUAGUUCAGAGACUACUUACCCAGGUUAGAUUGACCGGUUCACUGCUUACUAGCAACCUCAUGGAAGGAUUUGAGAAAGAAAUGCAAAAUAAAUCUGUUUUACUGAUCCUCGCUCGGUGCACCUGUGUGUGCCAAAGAUAGUAGCAGAAGAAUUUUCUUGCUGUGAAGGUACUUGCUACUGAUCACAGAGAUCCUGGUAGUCAUCACAAGCUCAGGCACAUAUGUGUGUGAAGGAGAGGGGUGGGAGAUGCAGGGAGGAAACAAGCACCCUGCUCUGCAGCCGGCCUGUGUGCGAGGCUAUCAAUAAGUAAGUGUCCUAGGAGACAUUCGUACGUUAGUAACGGGUCAUCUAGAAGCAGCCUGCUUGUCAG